UGUGGCCCCCGAGGCCCCUGGAAGUCGCCUGGACACCAGGGCCCACCGCCCGCUGCGGCCUUGCCAGGACCAGCCCCAUGUGGCCGCGCGGUUCUUCCCACACGACCCGGUCGCUGGCCUGUCAACAACCCAAGGCUGUCACCCUGUGCCCGGCCGGGUUCCCACCCUAGCCCGGCACCCGCUGCGGGGCGAGGCCAGCUCAGGGGGCGGGGCCGUCGAGAGACAGACAGGCAGAAAGACAGAUGGAGACAGGGCGGGCCGGGAGCCAGCCUCGCUGUCACAUCCCCGAGUCCCGGGCCCCUGGGGGUCCCCAGGGCUAAGCCAUCUACCCAGGGCCUCUGCCGGGGCCGCUCCUCGGCCUGUGACUCGGUUUCCCCACAGAUCUUGGCUCCCUGCCCUCUCUGCCUGACCUGGGAAGGCACAGAGGGUGCUGCCGGCUCUCUUCUGGGACACCACAGCGACACCUGGUUCUGACCCGUGGGUGAGCCCGAUGGGGUGGUGACCCCCCGAUCGCCGCCGGCUCGGGCGCCAUGUGGGCCAACGGCAGCUCCCCGGGGCCGUGCUUCCGGCCGAUGAACAUCACGCUGCAGGAGCGGCACCUGAUCGCGUCGCCCUGGUUCGCCGCGUCCUUCUGCGUGCUGGGCCUGGGCUCGAACCUGCUGGCGCUGAGCGUGCUGGCCGGGGCGCCGGCGCCGCGCUCCUCCUUCCUCACCCUGCUCUGCGGCCUGGUGCUCACCGACUUCCUGGGGCUGCUGGUCACCGGGGCCAUCGUGGUGUCGCAGCACGCGGCGCUCUUCGCCUGGCAGGCGGCCGACCCCGGCUGCCGCCUCUGCCACUUCAUGGGGGUGGCCAUGGUGUUCUUCGGGCUGUGCCCGCUGCUGCUGGGCGCCGCCAUGGCCUCGGAGCGCUACGUGGGCAUCACGCGGCCCUUCUGGCGCCCGUCGGCCACGUGGCGCCGCGCCUGGGCCACGGUGGCGCUGGUGUGGACGCUGGCGCUGGCUGGGCUGCUGCCGCUGCUGGGGCUCGGCCGCUACACCGUGCAGUACCCCGGCUCCUGGUGCUUCCUGACGCUCGGGCCGCGGCGCGGCGACGCGGCCUUCGGGCUGCUCUUCGCGCUGCUGGGCAGCGUGUCCGUGGGCCUGUCCUUCGUGCUCAACACCGUGAGCGUGGCCACGCUCUGCCGCGUCUACCACGGCCGCGAGGCCGCGCGCCAGCGCCCGCGGGACUGCGAGGUGGAGAUGAUGGUGCAGCUGGUGGGCAUCAUGGUGGUGGCCACCGUGUGCUGGAUGCCGCUGCUGGUCUUCAUCGCACAGACCCUGCUGCAGACGCCACCUGUCAUGAGCCCCUCCGGGCAGCUGUCGCGGGCCACGGAGCACCAGCUGCUCAUUUACCUGCGGGUGGCCACGUGGAACCAGAUCCUGGACCCCUGGGUCUACAUCCUGUUUCGCCGGUCGGUGCUUCGACGCCUGCACCCGCGGCUCAGUUCCCGGCACCGGGCUCUGUCCCUGCACCCACCCCCAGCCCAGGCCUCGCUCACCGGGCCCUGAAGGACAGUCACCCGAACCUCGUGCCCUCGGUGACAGCCACAGGCCGGUCCCAUCCCCGGAGCCCGAGUGCGGUGUGGACCAAAGGACGGGAGC